GAUAGAGGGCGACAAAUAUUGUGUAUAGUUACCACACCAACAACAACUCCAGCGUCAACUCUUAAUUUUAUGAGUAAUCAGUAUGGCAGCUACAAAGCCCCCCGUAAGCCAGCGUCGGAUGCAGCCAACCAGUUUUGCCCUAGAGGGUCGGCCAAUGUCCAGUGAAUCACUUAGUACCAUCCGCAGGAAGUUUCUCACCGCUCCUAUCCCAGAACCCCCUCCUGAUGAUGAUCAAGAUGAAUUCCACAGACCACCAAAGGUCAGCAGCGCAAAGGGGAAGAAAAAGAAGAAAAAGAAGGUCAAGAAGGAAUCAUUCGAUCUGGACAUUGACGUGAGAGAGAAAGAGAGACUUCAGGAAUUAAAGGAGUGGUUGAAUACGGACGCUGACAAAAGUGGAAUCCACCAUGAGUUGAAGAUAGCAAUGUUGAAACACAUGAGGGUUUUGGAUGAUCUGGAAAAGCUGAAAGCCCAUUACUAUCUGGAGUACAUGGACGCGCUCACGGACAAGGUGGAGGACCAGCGAAAAGAUAUUCAAAGGAAGAGUGAGCAGUCUAUCAAACGCAGACUGAAGAAGGAGAAGAAACAGCGAGAGGCAGCCCAGAAGGCUAAAAUCCAGAUGCACCAUCCCGAGGUCUCCACCGAUAAUACCUUCCUGAGGGGCCUAUCGAAAACAAAGUUUCAUAAUAUUGUGAUUUUACAAGGCCAUCUUGCCAGGGAGGGGCGUCUGAAAACAGACGAGCAUGUGAGGGCCUACUGGGAGCAGAUGAGCAAACCGGAGAACUACCGGAAGAUCUUCGGAGAGGAAGGGACGGACCACCAGGACGGUGCUGAGACCAGCUUUGGGACCAAACCUACAAAGAGAGAAGGGGAGACGAUGCCUGGGAGUGAUGCACUCAGCCAAGGCACCGCAUCCGAGUCGAUCCCUGAGAGCGGUUCUCCGUCGUUGAUGUCCCUCCGCCAGCUGGAUCCCCUGAGCCUCCACCAUGCCUACCUGGAUCAGAUCCAGGAGGUUAAGGAGCCCUCCAGGCCUAACUCCAUGGGAGCUCCUUACCUCCAGUCAUGGAUCCAGCAGCCAAAGAUAAAGAAGAAAGCUGUACAGGCACUCAUCAUCAAGAAGCCAGUUCAUCCAAAGGUCCUGGAAAUGGAACAGAAAUGUCCAAGGGUUGAAUUCCCUAAAUUGGCAGCUUUCACCCUUGACCUUGAGCCUCCAAAGGAAGAUCCUGAAGUGGAAUUGAUGCGAGAGGAAUUCCGAUCUAGAGCUCGUCUGCGCAACGCUGAAAACAGUAGACUUCGCAAGAUGUACCAGUCUUCGCUCACCAACAAUGCUGCUACGCAGAGAAUAUUUGACAUGAAAGAUGAAUUCAAUACGGUGCUGAAUGGACCAUCAUUAGGUGAUGUGCUCUAUGCUCAGGACCCAUCAGACCAACUGUUCAACAUGGCAAGAAGAACGUCAGAGGAGGUGGAGGAGGAGGAAGAGGAGGUUGAACGAACCGAAAGGCUUGCCCUGCUUCCUCCCGAUGCCUCGCCCCAUCAUCAGGGGAACAGACGCAGUGGAAGCAACCCCGGGAGACCAAGUCCGGGGUUUGCCGGCAUCGAGAGGAUAUCGGAAGAGGGCGAUUUGGAAGAACAGGAGGAUGAUGAGGAGGAGGAAGGAGAUGAAGAUGGAAGGUUCAUCAUCUAUAGCAGUAGGUCAUCGAGCAGACGAAGCUCGCUGACGUCUACUCAAUCAGAUAGAAGGAGAAACAUGCCAGUGACCCCUGAGCCUCCUCAACCAUUCCCUUUGACCUUAGAUGCAGUGAUGGACCACACUGACACCAAGGUUGUAAAACGUCCAAGUGCAUUGUGGGUCAACUAUGGCAAGUUUCUUCCCCCAGUGAAAUGAUAGUUGGAAGGUUCCAUCAGUCAGAAGAAAGACUGGACCAUUUAUUAUCAUGCUACUUACUGGCAUUUUACUGCUGAAAGACACGAUUCUUUCUUGACGUUUAAACUAAAAAUUCUCACAGGAGAUAAGGAUGGGUAGAUUGAACUGGUAUGGCUAGGCUAGGAAAGAAGAAAGCCAUUACAUAGGUUGCAGAAAGACAUGGGUUUUCAAGGUUGCUGGUUCAAUACCCUGUGGCAGACCACGCACAAAACUUUGAAGGAGACCGUCAGAAGAAGUCUGGCCUCACCCAGGUGGAUGCUAAAGACCAGGGGGGCGUUUCACAAAGCCUUCUUUCAAUCACAAAUAACACAAAUCAGUGACAAAUCUGCUGAUAACCAAUCAGAAGCAAGGAGUUCAGUAGCUUAUAACAAAAACUGUCAUUUGUCACUGAUGACAAGUUUUGUGAAACACUCCCCAGAAGGCUUGAGGAAGGAUCAUAAGGAAAUGGAACAGCCAACCCCACAGCGUCGGAAAUAAGAACUAAAUCACUCGUACCCUUUCCAAGUUUUGUAAUUUUUAAAGUAUGUGAAAAAUUGAUUCCUCCCAAUUUAUGAGAACAUGACAUGUUACAGCUUACAUCUAAAGGUGUUCAACAAAGGCCUUGGUUCAACAAGAAUUGAUAAAUACUCCAUGAUUGUAGCUUCAGCAGGAAUUUUACAUACAAUUAUUCAAAUCAUUCAGUUAUUAACUCUUUAUAUACCACACAAAUAAUCUCCCUGUGCUACAUUGUAUUCAUCAUGGAAAGAUAUUAUACCAAAGAUUAUUUUUACUGUUUCCGGUGCAAGAUUAAACCUUACCAGUGUUGACAAGGUUGUCAUGGAGCUAAUCAAGACCGGUAAUGGGUAGAAAGUUUUGCAA